AUGAUUUUACUCACGCAUCAGUUCAGCGGAAGAUUAUUUAUCGAUAUGAUGUCUUUCAAUGGUCUGAUGUUUAUCUAUUUGUUGAAGUAUCAUACGAUUUAUAUCAAUUCCACGAACGUGAAAGCGUUAUUCGAACAAAUUAAGUGCGAUUGCAUUAUGAUAACGGACAGCCGAGAGAUGGAGAUAAUACAGAAGUACGCUUCUCGAGGACGAUAUUACACCGUUGUCUCCGGAUUGAUGAUGUACAUAGGUGCAUUUUUCUUCAUGACAUCUUUCUUCGUACCAGAUAUUCUUAACAUUGUAAUGCCGCUAGACGAGCCUCGUUUACGUACUUUAUUUACGCCUAUGGAAUGGUUUUUUGAUCAGCAAAAAUACUUUUACGUGAUUGUAUCUGACAUAUUUCUAAUAGCUAUGGCAGGUCUAACCACACUGUUAGCGACCGAAACGAUGUUUAUGGUGAUGGUACAGCACACCUGCGGAUUGUUAGCAAUUGCAAG